GGACAUUAGCCGGAAGGAUUUAAGAACCGUUUCACUUCCGGUAACACGGAAAGCAAUUUAAACAUGGCGUCCUCCAAAUUCAACGGGUCAGCCGCAGCGCCUGGGAAAAGUGAAUUUCGUAACCAGAAGCCGAAGCCGGAGGACCGAGAUGAAUCAGAACUUCUCACUGUUCCUGAUGGUUGGAAGGAACCAGGUUUUUCCAAAGAGGACAAUCCUAGAGGACUCUUGGAGGAGAGCAGUUUUGCAACUUUGUUCCCAAAAUAUAGAGAGGCUUACUUGAAAGAGUGCUGGCCAUUGGUACAGAAAGCCUUGAAUGAACAUCAUGUCAAUGCAACCUUGGACCUGAUUGAGGGCAGCAUGACUGUUUGUACGACAAAGAAGACUUUUGAUCCAUAUAUCAUCAUUAGGGCCAGAGACCUAAUAAAACUGUUAGCAAGGAGUGUUUCCUUUGAACAGGCAGUACGAAUUCUUCAGGAUGAUGUUGCAUGUGACAUCAUUAAAAUAGGUUCUUUAGUAAGAAAUAAAGAAAGAUUUGUAAAAAGAAGACAACGUCUUAUUGGUCCCAAAGGAUCUACAUUGAAGGCAUUGGAACUCUUAACAAACUGUUAUAUUAUGGUUCAGGGAAACACGGUUUCAGCUAUUGGACCUUUUAGUGGCUUAAAAGAGGUUCGAAAAGUAGUCCUAGAUACUAUGAAGAAUAUUCAUCCAAUUUAUAAUAUAAAAACAUUAAUGAUUAAACGAGAGUUGGCAAAAGAUUCUGAAUUAAGAUCACAAAGUUGGGAAAGAUUUUUGCCUCAGUUCAAGCACAAAAAUGUGAAUAAACGCAAGGAACCGAAGAAAAAAACUGUUAAGAAAGAGUAUACACCAUUCCCACCACCACAACCAGAAAGUCAGAUUGAUAAAGAAUUGGCUAGUGGUGAAUACUUCUUGAAGGCAAGUCAAAAGAAGCGACAGAAAAUGGAAGCAAUAAAGGCUAAACAAGCAGAAGCUCUCAGUAAGAGACAAGAGGAAAGAAACAAAGCUUUUAUUCCACCUAAAGAAAAACCAGUUGUGAAACCUAAGGAAGCUUCUACUGAAACUAAAAUUGAUGUCGCUGCCAUCAAGGAAAAGGUUAAGAAAGCAAAGAAUAAGAAACUGGGAGCUCUUACAGCUGAAGAAGUUAAGCUUAAAAUGGAAGUCGAUGAAAAGAAAAAGAAGAAAAAAUAGAAACAUGCAACAAAAAAACCACAAAAAGCAAAAACCAAACAAACCCUGAGCUAGAACUUAUUAAACUAUCUCCUUUUGUAAAGGAUUUUGAGAUAUUAGGGCAUUAGUUGCCUUAUGUGUAAGAAGUAAUACACUGAUUACUUUUUUGAGUUUUUUUUGUUCUUUAUAACAGUGCUUAUAUAUACAUCUGUUCUUUAUAAAUAUAAAUUAUUAUAUUCUCCAUUUGUUUUUUGGAAAAUUUUAUACUAGAGGGUAGUAUAUAUAUGUCUUUGUGUACAUUGCACCUAAUCUGUUCCAGGCAGGUUUUGUCUAAAGCAUGAUUUUAGGAAUAAUUGUUUAGGUUGUUAUAAUAAAGAUUUUUUUUGAAUGUGGCUAUUGUAAUUAUCCAAUAAAUCAAAUGAUGCCA